UAUGUAGGGACGAAAGUCGUUUGGUGUUCGGCCAUUUUCAAGUGCACUGGAGUAAAAUGGCGUCCUCCGUAGGAACUGUCACACGAUUUCGCUCGUUUUUUUUCUUCAUGUCAACAGUGAAACAAUAUGUGUGUAAUACACCAGGACGGAUUUUCAGCUCGUAUUCUAACCGUGCCCAGAGCAGGAGUAGCCUUUUCGAGCACAUUAAGCAGGGAUACAGUGAUAAACCUGAGGUGGACAUGCGGCGAAUCUGUGAACACACCGACCAAGUUAUUACUGAGCUGGAGAACAGGAAAGGAGAUUUAAGGGCAGUCGAUGUCCGAAAUAUUAUAUCAGCAUGGAAGCAACUACAAGAGGUAGAGAAAGAGAUACACGAGCUGGAGGAACGUAAGAAAAUGAUCAGUGACCAAGUCCGGACUCUUGUGGAGCAGCAUGAUGAAAAAAUCCUGCCUGGUCUUUUGGCAUACAAGUCUUUGAGAGAAGAAGGCCGGAAGAUCAGAAUAAAGUUGAUUCAGCUGUACUCAAGACGGAGUGACUUGGAAGAGGAAUAUUAUUGUCAAGCUCUGAGGCUUCCCAACAGAACACAUCCAGAUGUGCCCAUUGGAGAUGAGAGCCAGGCGAAAGUGGUUGAAAUGGUCGGACAUAAAGCUGAGUUUGAAUUCAAACCCAAAGGCCACCUUGAAAUUGGAGAAAAUCUUGAGAUCAUAAGACAACGACGCCUUGCUCAUGUGUCGGGUCACAGGUCGUACUAUCUGAGGGGAGCAGGAGCCCAGCUGCAGAUUGCAUUACAGAACUUUGCUCUCGACCUCCUUCAGAAAAGGGGGUUUAUCCCAAUGGUUGUUCCAGACAUGCUAAAAGGAGUUGUGUUUGAGGGUUGUGGGAUGCAACCUUAUGCUCACCGCUCGCAGGUUUACUCUCUGGACCCAAGCCGCUUCCCCAACCUUAAUCUUGCUGGGACAAGUGAAGUCGGAAUUGCAGGUUACUUUAUGGACCAUGCUGUGAAUUUGAAAGAUCUGCCAGUAAGGACAGUGUGCAGUAGCACAUGUUACCGUGCAGAAACUGAUACAGGCAGAGAAGCCUGGGGCCUCUACAGGGUUCAUCAUUUUAACAAGGUGGAGAUGUUUGGUGUGACAGCAGAUGAAACUGGUCAGGAGAGUUCUCAGUUGUUAGAUGAGUUUGUGUUGUUGCAGAAGGAGAUUUUUUCUUCACUCAAGCUCCAUUUCAGAGUUUUGGACAUGCCCACUCAGGAGCUGGGGGCACCGGCCUUUAGGAAGUACGACAUUGAAGCGUGGAUGCCAGGCCGUGAAACUUAUGGUGAGAUCUCCAGUGCAUCUAACUGCACUGACUACCAGAGCCGGCGACUGAACAUUCUCUAUGAAAGAAAUGAUGGUAGUUAUAAGUAUGCACACACAGUGAAUGCUACAGCUUGUGCUAUUCCACGCACCAUUAUUGCACUUUUGGAAACACAUCAAACAAAAGAAGGAACUGUACAUGUUCCAGAAAUUUUGCAGCCUUACCUUGGCUUCGAGGUGAUUGAAAAGCCUUCAUACACUCCCUUGAAAUACAUCGGACCAAAUCAGCCGAACCGUACAUCAUUACAUUUCCAGAAACUCCAUCCAUCAUUAAUUUUACAAUAAUGUUCAUAUGCAGCUUUUUUUUUUUCUGAAUCUUUAAAAAGCCACAACGAAUGAGUUUUAAUCCAGGAUGGUGUGUGUGUUUUUUGUUUUUUUGUUUCCUGAUAAACAAGCAAACAAAAAAAUGGAAUUGUGAGCUCAAACCAAUCUGGGUCGAUUCUGCAAAAGGUUUCUGCUUUUGAGUUUACACUGACCACGUAAUCAUUUUAAGGGCCUUUAGAGGCUUUUACAUGUUGUUAAUAUGGAAAGAUUGUUGCACUGCAGUUGUUUGUAACAGGUAUUCUUAUCAGUGUGGCCUAGGCUUGUAUGAUUGUGGAAAAUGAGCAUUCCAUCAUUUCCAGUUUAAAGAGUAGGCAAGGUUGUAAAAUAUUACCUGCUGUAUAGCUGAGAACUGGCAAUUGCAAAAACUUGGUUAAUAAUAACAGUGCACAAUGUUCAUAGUCAUCACUUGGUCACAGGUUUUACUGUAUUUUGACCAUUUUCUAUAUUAUAGAACAAUACAGAAGAUAUUAAAACUAUAAUUCCAUGUGUUAUUUUAUGUGGUAAGCAAAAAAGUAUUUAAAUCCCAAAAUGUUUCAUAUUUUAGAUUCUUCAAAGUAGCCACUAUUUACCUUGAUGCAAGCUUUGCACACUUCACAUUAUCUUAACUGGCUUCAUGAUGUCAUCAGCUGGAAUGCUUUUCAAUUAACAGGUGUGCCUUGUCAAAAUUUAAUUAGUGGAAUUUCUUGCUGCCUUAACGUGUUUUAAGAUCAAACCAGUAAAUAAUAAAAAUACAGAAAAUGACCCUAUUCCACAACUGUAGUAAUCCAUAUUAUGUCAAGAACCACUCAUCUAAGUAAAGAGAAAUGACCAUCAUUUACUUUGACAUGAACUGUCUUUUAUUAAUAAAUAUAAAGAAAAAACAUUGAAA